AUGAGGAAAUGUCCAUUGCCUGCAUUGGAAAACUGGCCUGAUGAAGAUGAGUUCGAGAGGUUUGAGGCCGCUUCGCCAUCGCCAACCGUUCCCGAGAAACAGGAUGAUACAACGCCUGCAGACCCGGAAGAUGAAAGGCUCACAGUGGGUCCAGAAGGAGGUAAACUGCAAACCGGGUCUUGCACGGUCACUGUUCCACCUGGAGCUGUUACUGAAAACAUAACCUGUCAGGUCACAAGUCCUAAUGACAUCACUCUCCCCCUGAAAGACGGAGACAUGUUAGUCAGUGACAUCAUAGAACUGAGCCCACAUGGAACAACCUUCGACAAGCCUGUCACUGUAGAGAUGCAGUACAGCAGCACUUCAACAGAUGGCGCCAGGGAGCCAGUCAUGUGGGUCACAGAAGACAAGUUUCAGUGGAAGGAGCUUAUAACCACUGCAAAAAGCAAAGAAAAGCUGAUGGCGUCAGUAAACCAAUGUUCUACCUUUGCCAUCGUCGCUCAACUUAAGAAGGACAGAUUUCCUGUGUCUUCAAAGGAGACGAUGUUGACUUCAUCUGCCCAUCCUGCCGUGCAAAUCGGCUUUCCUGAGAAGUCCGUGCUGACACCGAUACAAGUCAACAUACAGGUGCAAGAAGUUCCAAAAGAAACAGUUGAGGCCAUAAAGUCACAUUCCUAUGGCCUCAUAAGCACCAGUCCGAUAGUUAUUGUGAAAACUGACUCCGUUGUCAAGUUCAACGAACUCGUCACUGUGCGAGUUCCACACCCUCAACACUACAUGGGUAUCCGGCACAAAGGCUCCUCUAAACUUCGGGUGAUGUCACGUGAUGAGGGGACAGAAGAUUGGCGAGAUGUGACUUCUGAGGUCCAAAUCCAGGCCAUUGGAGAUAUCGUUGAGUUCACCGUUAACCACUUCUCAAGAUAUGUUGUACUGGAGAUUGAAACCUCUAACGGUGAUCCUGAGGAAUUAGGGCAAAUCCCACAGGAAAUGUGCAAUUUCAUCCAUCAGUGCGACGUGAAGUUCAUUGUACUACAGCAAGAAGACAACACAAAUGCGAUUUUUGUAGAAUGCCAUAAGGCCUGUAACGCAGACAGAGAAUAUACAAAGUAUACACGUCGCGGUUACAAAGGCCCAGAACCAAGCGAGACGGUGAGACUGCGUGAAGGACAACGGGUAGAAGUUAGUUUAGUGGGCAAUGUGUCAUUCGCAUCGUUCUACAGAGUUGACAAGCGCGUCAUCUUCCACAGUGAGAGGCCACCCCGUCUCAACAUCAUAGCAAGGGCAGACCAGGUUCAAGGCGAAGAAGGUCUAGAAGGGAUCGGGUCCGUUAUGUUCUUUGCCUUGCCUAUAAUUGUCGUUAAAACGGACGACGAAACGAGAGCCCGCGACCUCAUCAAUUGCCAAUCACCUGGCAAACAAGAACGUCAAGCAUCCAGACUACUCUGUCAAAUUCCGAUAAAGAUACCAUACCAGCGCCAACUGAUUUUGGGGAGAGGAAGAUCUAGGCCAGAAAUCUGCGAGUACUUUUACGACAUCAAAGAAGGGGUCAGCAAGAAUUGGAUGGAUCUAGCGUUUCAUCUUGGAUUCAAAGGGGCAGAUAUCACCAACAUUGCCGGCAGAAACUACGAUGCUAAGGCCAGCUGCAUGGAUCUGUUGAAUGAGUGGCAGAGAAGGGAGGGGAACGCCGCUACCAUACAGGUUCUGAAGGAGGCUCUCUUAAAAGCUGGCAUGCGCAAUGUGGUCGAUGAACUAAAUGACAAACUCAAAGAAGAAGGAACCGAGUCACGCACUGGUGAAGAUGUGGUACGAGAAGCCUCGACACAUGACACUGGACAGCAGGAUGAUGCCAUACCAGACGACGAGCAAGCUGGAAUCGGCUACAUGGAAGGGGAAGGAGUGCUGGAACAUGCUGAAGUUUCAGGGAGAAUCUGUCAGCAAGAGGAAACUAAAACUCUAAAGGACACUGACAAGCUUCUGUUGGCCAAAAUAGAAGAUGUAGAACGCAAGAUGGAAAACAAGAUCGACCAGUUGAAUACGAACAUUGGAGAUCGUCUAGCACAGCUGAAUCAACAGUUCCAUGACAUGGUCAUGAAACUGGAACGUGAUUCUUUAGAGCAACAACGGCUAGCUAUAGCUAUUUCCACAGUAAAAAGAGAGCUGUUGUUCCAGGAUUUUGAAGCGCUGGCCAUUACGUUAGGAUUCAAUGGCCAUGAAAUUAAAGCCAUCUGUAACACAGCUCCGGCUGACCUUCAAAAGCAAAAAUCUGAGCUUUUACGGCUUUGGCGUGAUAGGGAAGUCAAUGCCACAGUGACACAUCUUCAGCAGGCAUGCAGGAGGGCUGGUCUUUCGACACUGGCAGACCAAAUUUCAGGGAUUUCCCGUGCCCCUAGUAGAGGCUAA